CUAUUGCAACCACCUGCGGUCUGUGCGAAGAGGCGGUCAUUCUUCAUCGAAAUAAACCACCUUUUGUACUUGCAACGUUUGGAAAAUACCAUAAUUCACGUUUUUAUCUGAAAGAAUACAAAUUAUGUCGUCAUACUCAUUCGGUACGGAGCACCGGUUUCAUUGUAUUAUCAAACUUUUGGAUGAACAAGUGGACUCGAUCAAUGUGGAAUUUCAAAGGGAUAGCAAAGGACAGUUCUUACUUGACCAGGCAUGUGAUGCCCUGAGACUUGCUGAAAGGGAGUAUUUUGGACUGCGCUAUGUCGACCAACACAAACAGAGGCAUUGGCUAGACUGCAAGAAGAAUGCACUCAAGCAACUGAAAGGGACAGGCCCACCCUACAGAGUGGUCUUCAGGGUGAAGUUCUACCCAGUAGACCCUUAUUCAUUAAAGGAGGAAAUCACUCGCUUUCAGUUAUUCCAGCAGCUCAAACGAGACCUUCUUCAUGGCCGCAUUGUGUGUUCCUUUCAAGAAGAGGCUCUCUUGGGUGCUUGCAUUGUGCAGUCUAACCUGGAAGAUUACAACCCUGAAGAACACCUGCCAGGCUACGUCUCCUACUUCACCAUGUUUCCUAAACAAUCAGAGAAACUACAGAUCAGGAUAGAAGAGCUACAUCAGUCAGACCUCGGUGGUAUGACGCCACCACAAGCUGAAUUCAAGUUCAUAGAGACAGCUCACAAGCUUGAUACGUAUGGAGUAGACCCUCAUUUAGUUCGGGACAUGUAUGGAACCCAGUUAUACCUUGGCCUGACGUUACGUGGAGUACUUCUGUUCCGUGGUAGCAUGCUAGCUGAGACCUUCAAAUGGGAUACAAUCAGGAAGUUCUCCCAAGAUGGCCGAGCUCUCAUCAUACAUGCCGUCUUCAAUGAGAAGAAAGUCAACCACCGGUAUUUCUUGAGUACUGAUGCUGCAGCUGAACAUUUAUGGAAAUGUGCCAUUGAGAACCAAGGAUUCUACCAGAGCAGAGUGACUAAGGGAUUGAAGAGGACGAACAGUUUUCUGAGGAGAAACAGAUUCAGCUUUAGUGGUACAACCCAGAAAGAAGCGUUGGAACACAGCACUCACUUAGAGAGGAAGGAGCCUACAGUGGCAAGGAGUCCCCCACUGAUAAGACCCAGACGAUCAUUGCAGAUAAACAGCCUCAGACCAAUCAGUGAUGCAAGUACAUUUGAAGGUUUCUCUACACAUCUGGCAAACCAGAACCAUUCAACACCCCAGAGGGACUCUGACAACUAUCUCCCGAUGUUCACUCUGGCAACAUCCGAUGGUGAGGAUGAGACGAGCAGUACGGACACCCAGCCCCCGGCAGUCGCCGCCCCAAUCUCCCUGACAACGGUUGAUGGCCAUGCCCGCGACCCACUCCCUGAUGUGGUAGAGGAAGAGGAGGUGAUGGCUGAGGAGAGGAACGGAGGAGUCUGCGAGAGUAAAGCGCCCUCUACAUCUCCUGCGGCGUUCCAGAUGGAAAGCAACCACCACAUGGAGAGCAUCCUCGCUGAGGCAACGGAAGCUUUGGCUAAGUCAUCCGCCAACCCCAAGGACAGCGACGCCCCCCUGGCCAACACAUACUCCCUCAUCCUCCUCAUCCUCCUUACUCUCAUUACCAGCAUUCUGAUUGUCUUUGUUCUCUUUGAAACGGACCUUCCGAUUGUCCAACCUCUCCAAGACCUGUGGCUCGUAGAGGAGGUCAGGUAUGUGUUGUACGAGCCAUCGAAAGCGUGGACUGCGAAUAGAUGGCAUGACUUCACCGACACCUUCAUAGCACCGGCUAGUCAAUAUGUGACGAGGCAGGUUGACACCAUUAUGACACGCUUCAAAAACUAAUCUCACACCAUUUGGUGUCAAGUUUGAGUUGACAUAUGAAACACUUGACUUAAGGCUUUGCCUGAGCUAGCAACCUCAAAGCACUUUUUAAUCAGAGUUUGAUCAUAAAUGCUAUUUUAUUAGAGCAAUGUUUCUAAAAACUUAUGUCAAAACUAAAUAGGCAGGUCGACACCAGCAUAUCAUGCUCCCAAAUUAAUCCUCGUUAUUUAAGGAGCAUGGGUCAACCUUGGGUUACUUGAGUUAUUGUGUUGCCUGACUUAGCACCUACGAAACACCUACUCAAGGCUAUGUUAAAAAGACGCUUGAUUCCCUCAAUGUUGAAUGCUCCACUAGCAAUGCAAGGAGGCAGUGAAAGAGUGAACACAUUGCGCAACUUGAGAGUCAGGAACAAGAGGACAUGCUUCAGGAAAAUAACCAAGUCGGAAGGAAACACGCAGAGAAUAAUCAUGUUUACAGCAGGUAACAAGAGUUUGGAAAGUGAAAGACAUGCUUUUGUUUAGAAGUCUGUUACGUUGUCAUUGUGUUAGUAACUUUCCAUACUUUGCUGAUUGGUUCUCAGGUUACAUGCUCGUAGUUUGAUUUUAUGCUACGUACCUUCCAAGGUGUUUAUGUUUCAAUCAUAUAACAUUCCAUCAUGGUUUACUUAUGUUGCUUAUAGAAUGAUGGGAAUGUUACAUACCCAAUUUUCACUUGGUUGUAUUCCAGUUUAACAAUAAACUCACAAGAUUACAUGUAAUUAUUUACGUCUAUGACAUGAUUACUUAAUACUAAAAUACUAAUUAAGGCUUUGGUAAAGGGGAUGUUUUCAUGAAGUGCUUGUAAACAUGUGAGAAGCACUAUGGCAUGAUGUAAUGAAUAUCGCUCAAUGGAGAAGUUGUGAAAACAGAUUUCUAUCCAAUUAUUAUUAUCUCAGCUCACCAUUUCAUGAAUGGUACAUGGUCAUGUUCACGCCGGGAGAAGGGUAAGUUGUCUACAUGAAACAGCCCAUCAGUGGCAAUGACGCAAUGUGUUAUUGGUACAAUGUCAGUGGGGAAGUUACUGACGGAAUGAUAGAAAAGGGGGUGUCGCCUUGAUGCGCAAAGCAUCGUGUGAGGGGUAAAUGCGCAUGGCGUGAUUGAUUUCGCAUGCGUUAUAUCAAUGCGCAUGUCUUGAAAGUAACAUGAAUGUAAUUGUGGUGUUAUAUUUAUGGAGAAGUGAGUAAUCAAAACUUAUAAAGGGGGCGUUCUAUCAUUAUCAAUGCACAAAAACAUUGUGCGAGUUUGGAAAUCAUAUCCUGUUCAUUGCGAAAUGACCAAAUAAGGCAAAGAGAGCAUUAAUUGAGCUAUAAAUGAUUACGGUAUAAUCAUAGCUAUGACAUAGUUAUGAUUUGAAGUAAAGUCUGGGGCAUACUCGUGCAUAAAGCAUCACGUGAGUUGUGAAUAUGCAAGGUAUAAAAAUUCAUUACGUUAAUGACAAAGGUCACAAAGUGGCGCUAAGAUGGGGGCGUAAUUUGUGCUUGGUAUUGCACAGCAUGAUUCAAGUCGUGCAGAAGUAGUCACGCAUUGAACGCCUGCCCAAAGCAAAAGGCGGUUGUCGAUAGUGAAAAAGGGAAACAAAAUUGUUUGAUAGAGUAAUGCAUAUGCCUGAUCAAGACAAAAGAAUGGGCAGGCAGUUUAGAAUGGGGGUGGAGCAAAAAGGGUAUGUUCGUGGAUAUAUUCCUGGCUAUUUUCAGAGGCGGAUUUUGACAGUAAAAGAUGCUAAUUGCAACCAAGUUCGGGGGGGGGGCACUUUUUGUGUGGUAGAGUAAUUGCAUAUGCUUGCUCAAAUUUUUAAAGAAUGGGCAGGCAGUUUAGAAUGGGGAUGGAGCAAAAAUGGUGCGUCGUUCUUGAAUAUAUACUUGGGUAUUUCCCACAGCGGAUGUUGACAUCGAAAGUGAAUAAUUGGAGCCAAGAUAGGGGCGCGUGUCCUUUGGUAGAGAAUAUCAUGGUGUGAGUAGUGAGUAAAGUGUCUACACUAUUAAUAAAUCGAAAAUUGACAUUCAGUUUAGAAGUGGGAGUGUUGCUGACCGAAAUAAACCGGGGAAUUCUCGAAGACGGUUGUUGACCGUGAAAGUCACCAAUUGCAGUGAAGCUGUUUGUCUGGCAGAGCACACGGCAUCUUUUGAGCUGUGUGUGUAUACCGUAAUCAACCAUACAUAUCUGCCAUGAUUAAAAGAUGGGCGGUCAGUUUAGAAUGGGGGCGAAGCAUAGCAGGUUUAUCAUUCUUCUCUAUGAAGCGUCUCGGGGAAUUUCCAAAGACGGAUGUCGCAAGAGUAGAAAGGGACAGAUCUCAUUUGGUCUCGGUUUCUGGGUCAGGUCUUGCGAAAUGUGAAAACUAAAAGAGAAGAUAAAUUGGAUGUUACAUCAUACCAUUCCACCUCAAUUAUUCUGAAUUGUUUAAAAAAAGACUUCUACACUUGCCAAGAUACAUCAAGAUUUAUAUAUAGCACUGUCGUUAUAUUGAUUUCAAAUGAAAUCCUGUAAACAUCUGGACCAAAUUUACCCCUGCUGCUCUACGUACAGUGUAUGAGACUUUUGUCUUUUUUAAUUCUAUAUUUCUUGGUAUUCCAUAUUAAACUAUCGUGAUACAAAUGUAUUUACUUUCUCUGAAAUUGAAAGAGUCUUCACAUAUUAUGUUUGAUGUGAAAGAAGCAUUGAUGUGCUCGUCAUCAUUUCUGUUAUGAUCGCCUAGUCAGGCAUGUAAGAAAUAUUUGCUGUAUAAAAAUUGAUUUAUUUAUUUGUUCUGGCAAUUAUGCUAUCGUUUAUUAUUACAUAAUAUUAUAUGUAUGAAGGUAUGUGUAGUAUAGGACAUUUUAUAAGAUAUGUUUUCAUUUUCUGUGUAAGUUUUACAUAAUGUACGAUUGUUCUAACCAUCUGCAGAUACCCUACAAAAAGUGACAAAUUAAGGACUAAGAGAAGAACAAGAUUAAGGGAAAGGAAACUACAGUUGUAUCUUCAUCUAAAAUAUGAAAUAAAUGAGUAAUGUGGUUUUAUUAUGGAACAUUGAAGGUCUUCUAAAUCAUGACCAAAUGUAAACUUUUUUCCGUAGAAUCUUAAUAGGGAUAGAAAUGCACUUGCCCCAUUUCUACCUAAGGAUGUAAUCAAAAGAAGUAGCAAAAUAAAAUGAGAAAAGGUUUGAGUGUAUAUCAUCUACAUGUUAUAAUCAAUUUAGCAAGUAUGCUUGUGCUGUCCAAUUUUUUAAAACCUCACACCAUCUUUUCCUGUUACUGUGAUGCAUGAAGAUUAAAGGUAAUGAUGAGAAAAGCUAUGAUAUUCAACAACGAUGGCCUUGGUAUUACUUAAACAUCAACAGUGUUAGUAAAAAUAGACUUUUGACCGAUCUAAAAAUAUCCCAAGAAUAUCCGGGUAUUAAAACUCACACAUGAUGUUGUAUUGUGUGAGAACAGUUAUGUUUUGCUCAUGUAAAAAAAGAUAAUGCACAAACAAAUCAUGAACCUACAUGUACAAAUGAAAUGCACACACAAGCUAUUUUGAUAUGAAUUAAUGGAGUGAAAAGAAGAAAAAAGGGAAGUAGAAAUGGAACAUACAGUGACGGCAUUAAGGCUACUGCCUGAAAGAAAAAGCCUUCUGCUUCAAAUUGUUACAGAAAGAUAACCAGCAACAAAAGUGGACAAUCUUGACUUAAUUCAGUCAACCAAUCUCUGCCAGAAAGUCAUGCAUAAAACAAUAUCUUUCAGGGAUAGCUGUAUGGAAAUAAUGUACAUAAUAUUUGAUGCAAUUAACAUUUUUCUAUUUUGUCUGGACAUGCUAGAAAUGUUUCAAGUUCAGAAUCAUUUGUUUUAGUAUCUCCAAGUAUCAUUCAUUCAUUAAUUGUUGCACUCAGAAAGUCUUAUUCAUUAUUAUAUGAUUUGAUUUUGUACAACACACAUUUUGUAGAGACUCUAGUCUGAGUUAUCUUGAGCUUAUUAUUAACAGGUGAAUGAUUGUCAAAGAGAUAGUGUUUUGCUUCUACUUGAAAAGGGAGCAAUUAUGUAAAGUGGAAUUGCUAGAGGUUCUUUCAAACGCCAAAUAGUAAAGAACAAAAUAGUGAUAAUAAUAAUUGAUUUAUCUUUUUAGAGAGAUAUAGCAGUGAUGUAGAGUGCCUUUAAUUUGAUUGAAAUCAAAUUACAAGUGCAUCAAAAAGAGUCAACCUUCAAAAAUUCAAUGGGGACAAAGUGAUUAGGUACGCUACUAUACUAAGCGAAUUUCCUGAAAAUAGCAUUCUUUGUCUAAAAUGAGAAGUGUUUUAUUAUUGAAAAGACAUUGUGUUUGAUAUUUGUAUUUCUGUGUGUUACAUUGCUGUGUUACAGUGCUCAGAUGUUCUCUUUGUUUUAUUUCUACACACACACACACACAAAUUGAUUUCUAAUGGUUUUCUACGGCCUUUGAGUUUUAUUUGUAAAAGAAAUCUGAAAACAAUAUUUAUGAAAAACAAGUUAAUGAGGUUGGGUAUUUUCGUCAGAAGGGCAAAAAGCAAAGUUUGCAUCAUUAGUUUAAGAGCAGUGGAUUAUUUUCAUGGUUAUGUCAAAUCUUGUCAAGAUUAACAUGAUUUAUCUUGUAUCUUGCAUCAUGUUUGCCAAAUGUCAUCACAAUCAUGCUUCUAACGGACAUGAUUUUAAUUCACAUUUAGCAUGAGGUUGAUGCUACGAGCCACUGGAUAUGUAAAAUAUGUGGGGAUUUUUUAUAUCUUGUUAUUGAUGCUUGUUAUUGAUGGAUGUUUAUUUUUAGUUUGUUUUGCAAUGUGUAUUUUUAGUCUGUUUUGCUUGUGUGUGAGUUUGUCUUUAUAGCAGCUGGCUGCAGUGAUGUCAUUUCCUCUGUAGCUGUAUGUACAUAUACAAAAUCGCCUGUUCAGACCCAGAAGAUUGUUAACUCUUUAUGGAUUUAUAUGAGAUAUGAUCUUCUGGCUCCAAACGAUAGAUAUGGAAGUUAUUUUUUACCAAGCACUUUCAUUCUUACAUUGUAUAUGACCAAGUUUUCCUCACAUUAUUGCCAAAUAAAUCAUUUUUUAUUUAAAAGAAUGUCUCCUUUUGAGCAUUCUA